AGUUGAGUGCUCGAACUCCAAGAUGUCCUUGUGUCAGACAUGGCGGAUGUCCAGCAGCUGGUGGACAUGGGAUUCGCUGCGGCGGAUGCUGAAGUAGCCUUGCGAGAGAGUGCUGGACACGUCGAGCAAGCGCUGGAGCUGCUCUUGACUGGGACUUUGCCUGAGGAGUCCAAGCCCUUGGAAAAGGACAAUUCAAUCGGCGGCUUUGACGCGAACAGCCCAUCGGAGAAAAACAAGUUUGUGGGUGGCACGCCUUCAGACUGGCCCGAACUUCCCAAACCGUCCGGCUAUGUCAAGCCAGAGACGAGACCUCCGGGCUUGGAUCAAGGCAGCCUGGAUUCUCUGGAGGACAAUGUGCCAACACCACAGAUGCCCCGGCAACCCGGGCUACCAUGUGGUUUGCUGAACGUUGGCAACACAUGCUACGUCAACUCCCUGCUCCAGACACUUUUUCACGCAGAGGCCUUUCGAACGCAAAUCCUCCGCUUUGAGCACCCUCCUGAUGGAGCCGAUCAGCCUGAAGGUGAAUCUCCUUCUGUUGAGGGUCUGGCAGCUCGGCGCCGUCGCCAGCAUUCCCUGCAGCUGGUGCUGGAGUUGCGAAGGCUUUUUGCGUAUUGUUUGCUUUCUGAUCGCAGCUGCGUGAGCCCCGCCCAGCUCAUUGCAGAGCUUGUCGAUCAGCAUGGGCACAAAGUGUCAGUGGGCAGCCAGGAGGACGUCAGUGAGUUCAUGCUGAAGUUCGUAGAUCAGCUGGAGGAGGGCUUCUGCAAAAAGGGUGGAGUUGACGCCCAGAAAGACGAGGAGCCUGGAAAUCUUCUGCAUAGCCUGCUGUUUGGAGAGCAAGUUCAAAUAUUUUCCUAUAGGGAAAGCCAAGACGGCUCAAAGGGCGAUGCGGCAAGUCCAGAGUGUUCGGAGAAGAAGGACAAGGAUUUAGUUGUCAGCGAAGAAAAAAGCGACUUCUUGCAGAUCUUCUUGGAUGUGAACCACAAAAACCUCUAUGAUGCAUGGGCAGCUGCAAACCAGCAGGAUGUUGAUUACACUACACCUGCCGGAACAAAGGCCGAUGGCAAGACGCGGGUUUGGAUACGUAAGCUUCCAAAGCUACUCUUCUUCCAGCUUCAGCGCGUAGCUUUCGAUCCAGAGACCAAGGC